AUGCGGGACGGCACUGAGAGACCAAUAGCGUUUGCCUCCCGCUCCCUGUCCUCGGCUGAGAAAAAUUACUCCCAAAUAGACAAGGAGGCACUGGGCCUGGUCUGGGGCGUAAAACGAUUUAACCAGUACUUAUACGGCAGGGAGUUCACCCUCGUGACCGAUCAUCAACCACUGGUCUCAAUAUUCAACCCCCAUAAGGCGAUCCCCAUGACCGCAGCGGCACGCAUGCAGCGUUGGGCCCUGUUCCUGGGAGGGCAUCGGUACAAGAUUGAAUUCAAGAGCACACUAAAUCACGCCAAUGCAGACGGGUUGUCUCGGUUGCCACUCGACACCGCAACAGGCACAAAGGGAGACAAAGAAUCAGUGGCGAUGUUCACGCUCAUGCAGAUCGAAAGCCUCCCAGUGACAGCGGAGAUGAUUGAGAGAGAGACCCGGAAAGAUGCGACUCUCUCACAAGUGUACAAAGCAACGCAGACAGGCUGGGCAGCUAGUGAAAGGUCUUUCCUCGCUCCAUAUUUCCAACGCCGGGAUGAGCUUGCUAUUGACUCUGGGUGCCUUAUGUGGGGAAUGAGGAUCAUCAUACCCACCAAGGUCAGGUCCAGGGUGCUGGAAGAGUUACACAGUGGUCAUCUGGGAGUGGUGAAGAUGAAGGCACUCGCCAGGAGCUAUGUCUGGUGGCCAGGGAUUGACCAACAGAUAGAACAGCUCGCAGCACAUUGUCCUGGGUGCCAGCGUGUACAGAACGAACCGACAGUGGCACCCCUCCAUACAUGGGAAUGGCCCACAUCGCCAUGGCAACGGAUACACAUUGAUUUCGCCGGGCCAUUCAUGAAUAAAACAUUCCUUGUAGUGGUCGAUGCAUGUUCAAAGUGGCCAGAAGUGUUCGCCAUGAAAUCCACGACAACAGCCAACACAAUCGACGUGUUGAGAGGUCUCUUUGCUAGAACUGGUAUCCCCGAACAGUUGGUGAGUGACAAUGGUCCUCAAUUCACAGCUAGUGAAUUUCAGAUGUUUAUGAAGCUGAAUGGAAUCCGCCACAUAACAUCAGCUCCCUACCAUCCGGCUACUAAUGGGCUCGCCGAGAGGUUCGUACAAACUCUAAAACAAGGUCUGCGAGCCUUUGCGGAUGCACCCAUUUCUCUUCAGCAGAAGUUAGCCAACGUCCUGUUUGCCUACCGUAACGCCACUCAUGCUACUACGAACCGAACCCCUGCCAUGCUGUUCCUGGGACGGGGGCUGCGCUCAAGACUGGACCUGCUAAAGCCGAACCUGCGACGGACGGUAAUGGAUCGUCAGAUCAAGCAGGGUAAAGGGACUCACAAUAGAGAAACGCGUCAACUGGAAAUUGGACAGACUGUGCUUGCCAGGGAUUACCGUGGAGAACACAAGUGGAUUCCCGGUAUAAUCAGAGAGAGGCAAGGGCCCUUGUCCUACACCGUAGAAGUAGCUCUGGACACUAUCUGGCGACCCCACCUUGAUCAACUACGGGGGUCAGAGGUACGCACUGCAGCGGAGAUGGUGGAUCCUGCGGCUUCAUUCAUCGCUGCUCAGGGGGACCUGAGCCUGCCAACUGCCAGCGCUACUCCAGAGACCAUGAGCCUGCCUAGCUCGACCGCAGGCCAAGACAGCCGGAACCUGCAAAGCUCCGACAGCGACAUGGGGUGUCUGCCAAGCCCUGGUCCGCCCCUGACCCCACGCAUUGGUCUCCCUAGAGCUGGGGCGAGCCCGGCGGUUACACCUGAGAGACGUUAUCCAAUGCGUACUCACCGACCUCCCAAGAGACUAUCCCUUUAA